AUUGUAUCCGGUUCCAGUAAAAAUACGAGAUAAACAAAAAUGUCACUCCUUCGUCGUUCGCAGCAAUGGGGAACAUUUAGUCGUAUUUGGCAUGUUUAUGAUGCAAAAUGGCAAGAUCCAUUUCAAAGUGCAGAAUUGAUAAAAAAGUAUUUGACAGGAACGUACAAACCUAUUUACCAUCCUAUGAAUGAUUGCGGUGAUAAUGUAGUAGUAAUAAACAGUAGAGAUAUUGCUCUAAGGGGUGAUGAAUGGCAAAAGAGAAUGUAUUUUCAUCACACAGGAUACGCCAAGGGUGCAACGUACACACUUGCUUGGGAAUUACAUAGCAAAGAUCCAACUAUGAUCGUGAAAAAGGCACUAUAUACAGCACUGGAUAAAAAUAUUCAACGGAGAUACGCAAUGCAACGCUUACACAUUUUUCCCUACAGUGAGAUUCCAUGGGAUAUUAAGAAAAACAUUAGCAACCAAAUUAAACAAAUUAAACCAGUGCCAGUCAGACUGGAUCAUAUACCAGAGAACGUACGUGCAGAAUUUCCCAAACUUAUCAAAUAUCCUGAGCAAUAUGUUCUUCGAUAAUAACCAAAUAGUACCUUCUUAAAUUUAAUUUGUAAAAAAAUAGUUUUUUCAAUUAUAUAAAAGAAAAUUUUUAAUAUUGAAAA